AUGCACUACAAGCUGAAGCACCACGAAGACAACCUCAUCUACCAGUACCACAACCACAACGGCAGCUACAUUACGCCAUUCUUUAUCGAUUUUCAAGAAUUCUAUAAUUUAAAUAUCAAUGGACAAAUGGAUUCUGACACACUAAAACUACUUGAUUCGCCAAGAUGUGGUGUUGAAGAUCAGUUUAAGGUAUUAGUUCACGAAAUUGGUCAUGCACUUGGAAUUCAACAUGCAAAUAUUGAUUCUGUAUUUAGGUAUGUUGAUGGGGUAUUGUAUUUC